AUGAGCAUACAACCACCACCAGUCCCAACUAUCGAAGAGGAUCUCGAUGACUUGGGGUACACAGAAGAGAAUCUGUUUGAUGAAAGAGAGCAAGAGCCCUUAGAGGAGUAUGUCGACAUGGAGUCAACCCUCGAGGGGGGGGAAUUUGAAGAGCCACACAUUGAAGCCGAAGCCCCUAAUGGAGGCCCAAAAGAAAGGGGGGAGUAUACACCAGUACCACCCGAGAAGAGGGGCCCAUGGCCGAACUGGAGGCCAGCCAGGAAUAUGCACAAUCUGGAGAAUUGGGUAAAGAAGAGCUACUUCGGACUGACAGCAACAAGAGCUGAGAAAGGAAAGAAGGACUUGAACCCAACCAUUUGCGAGGCGCUGGCCAGAGAGGAUAAGAGGCUCUGGGAGGAAGCAAUGUGCAAGGAACUGGACAGCCUAGAGGCAAUGGGAACAUGGGAAAUAACCAACCUGCCAUGGGGGAUGAACACAGUCGACACACGAUGGGUGCUCAAGAUCAAAACUGACACAAACAUGAUCCCUAUGAAGUACAAAGCAAGACUAGUAGCACGAGGAUUCACCCAGAGAGAGGGCCUAGAUUACGUGGAGAUCUUUGCACCAGUGGUGCCCAUCCAGGCAAUAAGAGGAGUGCUGGCCAUAGCGGUGGUAUGA